AUGUCCAUCCCAAUCAUAGAAACCUGCAGGAAAAGAAAGAGGAGGCCAAAGCUAUUCGGAUUGCACUCAUUUGCUGAACCUGGUUGCCCCAUAAACCCCACCGGUCCAUUCCGAGAUAACAUUCGCUUUUUCCUUAAACAAUGUGCUGAGCCUGAAGAUUACUGCGUCAACGGAAUGCCCAUUUGGUGUACCCUUCUGGUUCACGAGAAUAAGAGCUGUGUUGUCCCUCUUUACACCAUUAAAGAGGACGUUAAGCUCUCUUCAAACCCUUUUUGUGAUCACUGCAGAUGUACAGGUUGGAGCAACCAUUUUGUUUCAAAAAGGAAGUAUCAUGUAGUAAUACCAAAUGAUCGAGACUGGAAUAAGCCUCUAGAGGAUGGUGUAUUAAACAUCCAUUCCCAUCUCUUGCAUGGGUUGAUGCACUGUAAUGGAUUUGGUCAUCUGCUGUGCAUCAAUGGAAUCGAAGGUGGUUCUAAGUAUCUCUGUGGCAGGGAAAUCAUGGAUCUUUGGGAUCGUAUUUGUGAAAUUCUCAGAGCACGGAAAAUCUCAGUGGAGGAUGUGUCAAAGAAGCAUGGUAUGGAUCUUCGUUUGCUCCAUGGGGUUGCCUAUGGACAUACAUGGUUUGGUCGAUGGGGUUACAAGUUUUGCCGGGGAAGCUAUGGCGUUUCAGAGAAAAAUUAUGGUAGAGCAAUUGAAAUUCUCAGCUCCUCAGAACUUGACAAUAUCAUUCAAGAUUUCAGUGACAGAGAGCAUUGCAGACAAAUCAAGUGCAUAAUUCAGCAUUAUAGAGUACUAAGUGAGAGCCAGUUGGUUACAAUAAGGGAUCUUUUCAAGUUUAUGCUUACUAUUAAAUCCCGUAGUGCUGUGCAGAAGAAAUCUGUUACAGCUAUAACUGCUCCUUCAGCUCCUUCACAGAGAAACUUCAUCAGAAUCUCCCUCCCCAAGAAGGCCACCUCGAAGGAAAAAUCCUCGAGGUGCAAAAGAUUUACUAGUGUCAUAGCUCAUAUGGAUAGCAGAUGGCCUGCGAAAAGGCUAGAAUACGCAGCAGAGGUCAUUGUAGGUGCUUUGAAGGAACAUAAAUCUGAGUUCUGUCAUGGUGGGAUGACAAGGCAAGAUCUAAGAGAUGCAGCUCGGAUGCAUAUUGGUGAUACAGGUUUGCUCGAUUAUGUUUUGAAAUCAAUGAACAAUGUAAUUGUUGGAUGUCACAUUGUCCGCCGUGCAAUUAACACAUCUCGGAUAUUAGAAUACACGAUUGACGAUAUAGACAAUGGGUUUAAGGCACCAGAAGCAGAACUGGAAAUACAUCAAAAACCUCAACCAGAUGCGUUGCCUGCUCUAGUCCCUGGAACUGAUGUUUAUGACGAUGUGAUGUAUUUGUAUAAUAAUGUACUGUUGGACUAUCCAGAAUCAGAAUUUCUGGAACUCACAACUCAGGCAGUUCUAGAUAGCAAACAUUUUGUGAAGGAAUUGCCAUUUAGGGAUGAAGAUGACCAGUUGUUGAGAUUCUUUUGCCAAGUCAUGCCCAAUUUGUUUGGUGCAGAGAAUACAUUGACUGAGAAAUCACCAGCUGGUGAACUUGUCACGGUUCCACUCCAUGCCACGGUCUUAGACCUAAAACAAGCAGUUGAGAAGGCGCUGAGGGAUACUUAUUGUAUUAUGGAUAAACUUGUGGUGACAGAUAUUGAGGACCUGAGCGAAAUGGACGAUAGAGAUGUGCUGUUUGGAGCACUUGAGUCAGGUGCAGAAAUUCUGAUCAGUGGGAGUGGAAUAGAUUUAGACAGUAAUCUUAGGCAUGAAGGUGGUGCCGAUAAUUGGAUAGUGAGAUGUGAAUGCGGGGCUCAGGAUGAUGACGGGGAAAGGAUGGUAUCAUGUGACAUUUGUGAGGUGUGGCAGCACACUCGCUGCUGUGGUAUAGAGGAUUCCGAGGCUGUGCCGCCAUUGUUUGUCUGCCCAGGGUGCUGCGCUUCUCUUGGACCCCCAAUGAGUGAAUCUCCCCUCACAUAUCAGAGUUCUGAUGAUCUGCUGUUGGACUCAGAAACUGUAUACGGGAUGGACCUUGAGUAUGACAACUGUAUUAGAAUACUACCAUGA